AUAAAUUGUUUUAUGCGCACUCUAUGGUACUGUACAUGAGAGUUGUACUGGGAGGGAGGAGCGAUCGUAGUAUUUCUCCUCAUUUCAAAUCCCUGUCGUGGCAGCCCGGCCAGAGCACUUUUUCUCCCCCCUUCGCAACCAAGGGGGAAAACCAAGACCAAAAGCUCAGUGCAUGUCCUAAAUAGCAGAAGGGGGACUUUGGAGGAAGGAAACAUUAGUUUGAAGGCACGCGGCGGAGGUAUCGGUUCACUGUGCGCACUCGUGUCUCUACACUGGAUACGCGAACCAGUGGAUUUCCACUUCUCGGGAUCCUCCAAAUCAGCGUCAAACCCCGCCAAACAUUCACAAGAACCUGUGAAGCUGAAAAGGAGCGUGUGUGCUUUUUAAAUUGCUGAAGUCAGCAGUGAGGUUGCCAAACACUACACAAAAACGUCCAUGGAUUGUGAUCAACUUCUCUGUGCUGGAAGAUCGGACUGUUGGCUGCGUUUCUCUCCUUCAUAAUUUCACCCUUCAUUCAACACUCGGAUCCUUGACACCACGGUGGUGGCCUGCAGUUCUACAGUUUCCAAGCUUGGGGAAAUCGUUAACCAGAGACGACACGUAACAGGACACUGAUCUCAUCACACAUUGUCGCAUUACAGUUGUGCAUCUGGGUUGGAGAGUGAGGCGGGCUUGGUUUGCGGGCGCCGCUCCGCAGAGCCGUCCGAUGACUGUCUGAAUCAUCACAACCCACGAAUGACAGACGUGCAUUCGAGGGUGGGGCCCGCCUCAGUCUCACAUGAUUGGCCGCUGGAUGGAAAUAAGGUGAAUGGAACACAUGCCCAAGGAGCAAGACUCAAACCAAUCAGAGGGAGAAGAGAAACGGUGGCUCGAUGGCCCGAAAAGGAAGAGAAAAAACAGCCAGUGUUCGAUGAAGAGCAUGUCUGGGUACAUCCCCAGCUACUUGGAGAAGGAUGAGCCGUGUGUGGUGUGUGGAGACAAAGCUACUGGCUAUCAUUACCGCUGUAUUACCUGUGAGGGUUGCAAGGGGUUCUUCAGGCGCACCAUCCAGAAGAACCUCCAUCCCUCUUACUCCUGUAAAUACGAUGGCUGCUGCAUCAUCGACAAGAUCACCCGCAAUCAGUGCCAGCUGUGUCGCUUUAAGAAAUGCAUCGCCGUGGGCAUGGCAAUGGAUCAACAAGGAAAAUCAAGAAGCCAGUUUCCUUUUUUGUUUUACAUACUUGGUUCUGGACGACAGCAAACGGGUAGCAAAGAGACGUCUGAUUGAAGAGAAUCGAGAGAAGAGGAAGAAAGAGGAGAUAGUAAAGUCGUUGCAGACUCGACCAGAACCAACCAGCUCGGAGUGGGAGCUGAUUCGCAUGGUGACAGAAGCUCACCGGCAUACCAAUGCACAGGGCUCUCACUGGAAACAGAAGCGCAAGUUCCUGCCGGAGGACAUUGGACAAUCUCCAGUGGCCCCCACAUCAGAUGGGGACAAAGUGGAUCUGGAAGCCUUUAGCGAGUUUACCAAGAUCAUCACGCCGGCCAUCACACGCGUUGUCGACUUUGCCAAAAAACUGCCCAUGUUUUCGGAGCUGCCUUGUGAGGAUCAGAUCAUUUUGCUGAAGGGCUGCUGUAUGGAGAUCAUGUCCUUACGUGCUGCAGUACGGUAUGACCCUGAAAGUGAGACCCUGACACUUAGCGGAGAGAUGGCUGUCAAAAGAGAACAGCUAAAGAAUGGAGGGCUAGGCGUGGUAUCUGAUGCCAUCUUCGACCUGGGCAAGAGCCUGGCUCAAUUCAACCUGGAUGACACCGAGGUGGCCCUGCUGCAGGCUGUACUGCUCAUGAGCUCAGAUCGCACAGGCCUGACAUGCAUGGAGAAGAUCGAGAAGUGUCAGGAGAUGUACCUUCUGGCGUUCGAACACUACAUCAACUAUCGCAAGCACAACAUUCCUCAUUUCUGGCCCAAGCUGCUGAUGAAGGUGACGGACCUGCGGAUGAUCGGAGCCUGCCACGCCAGUCGCUUCCUGCACAUGAAGGUGGAGUGCCCCACUGAACUCUUCCCGCCUCUUUUCCUGGAGGUCUUUGAGGAUCAGGAAGUGUGAUGUUCCCAGGCUGGAGAAUCAGGAACGUUUAUACGAAACCGCGUUUCUCACCCCUUCUCACACCCCUCAACGCACCAAACCCACCACCAGCAGCUGCAUUGGCAGGGGUCAUCACUGGAACGGCUUUCAUACGGAGGUUAUAGCCGACAGCUUUUUAUACAGAAUACUCAGCCCUCCCCGUCUACAAAACUCCCAACGCUUGGCCCUUCUGUCUGUGUAUAAUGUCUUACCAACACCUUAGACACAUUAACAUACAGAUUUAUAAACACACACACUCGGGUUAGGCUUACAGGUGCAGUACUUGAUUAUGUACAUUACAUGUAUAGACACCGCACUACUGUCGCCAUCUCAGAAUGGCUCUGUGGGUCAGAGCUGUACUAGAGGAGUAUGUCUAGACCCUCGGCUAAGACUGGAGGGCUUUCCUGGUGUCGCGGCUUUCCUGGUUCCUCUCACCAGUCUGUGAAGUGGUCAGUUAAUUUCAGUCACAUAAAUCUCAGCGUCUCGUGAGGUUACGGUGUAUACCCGACCGGCAUCUUAGAUACUUCGAGUUCCACCUUAACGUGGAGCCUUCCGAACAGACCUCAUUAUUCUCUUGCGUGUUCAGCAGGAGGAGAUUUCUGAACCAAAUCAGGUGCUAUAUUUAACUAAAGCUUCUCAUAAUGAUUUGGGACCUUUAGAGAACACGCCCUCCCUCCCUUCGCUGUAGGACGCAGACCGUUUGAAAGCUCGUCGCUCGGGGCUCAUAAAUGCUGCGAGUGGUUCUUUUUUGCCAUUGUGUGGGUUUUCACGCUGGCCCAUUCUGAAUGAUAUAUGAGCUCUUCUGUGUUCCGAGAAAGUCACGCUGAGAUACAGAAAGAUCGGAGACCCCUGAGCGCCGUCGAUGUGCAUCUGAAUCGCACUGAUUUGUAUGUUUUACAGGUGUCGGCAGGGAGUCAGUAUUACCAUCCUCUCGAACCCAGCACACGCAUACAAUUAUAUUCAAACACACCUCGAAACUCGAAUGCCUCAUUUUUACUGUACGCACUGCAGCGCUGUCGUUCCGGACCGUCAUGCGGGGCUUUGGUGGUCCGGUCCAGCCCCUCUGUGCGCUACUCAGAUGCUACUGUUGCCCAGUCUGUGUAAACACUCCUGACGGGCCCUGGUGGACUGGCUGUUGUUGUUGUGUUUUUUUUCUCGUUUGUUUGUUCGUUUUUGUUUUACCUCAAAUGUGAGCACACAUCCAGCUGGCUGCGGAUCUGAGACUGCCUCUGUGCUGACAGGUUCUACCUCACCUCUGAACACAGGGCAGCUAGCCUCAGCCUCCUCUCUUUUACACACACACCUAAACUUACACAUAAUUUCACACACGGACGGCCAUACAAAACGCAGGAGGAAAGAAACACACACUUGGUUUCGAAAAACCACUGAAGACAGGAGGGCCCGCCAUUCCUUAUUGUAGCCUGUCAGAUUCCUCCAUGUUUUUUUUUUGUUUUUUUUUUAAGUCGGGCUGAGAGAAAAUUUCUGUAUUUUGUUGUUUCUUUGAGUGUGGGACCAAGCGUCGCUCUAAAAGUUAAGCUUAAAACGGACGCUAAUUUUUUCGGCUAACCCAUAAAAGCCGCCGAGGAGCUGAAGAGAGAACUACAGUGUGAGAAGAUGAAUGACCCGUUUAUCGAUGGGUCGAUCACUGUUGAUUUUUUACUUUCUCAAAACCAAGUAGUUGGCGAAAACAAGUUGAGCAAGGGGUC